UGUAAUCUUGAGAUUGCAAGGAAUGCAAGAAAUCCGUAGCGUUAAAGGCAGACGCCAUCUUUCCUCCUCACCCCGCUAGACUCAAGAUUACAGUCAUAGACUGUAUAAGGGCCUAUGUUUGGCAAUUCAGGUCUAUGGGAGCUGGACUUGAAGCUAGAAAAAUAUAUAUUUGAAUCAGUAAACCCAUACAUCGGACGUAACUAUACUGACGGGCCUUCAUAUCUGUGAAUGAUGCGUUCUUGUGGUGAUUAUUUUACACUUACACUGAUGCAGGAAAGUUAUCAGUGACAGUGGCUAAAGCAGAAACAGAAUGCAAGACUGAUUUUCAGGAACAAGAGGAUAUAGGUGUCACAGUUGAAGAAUAUCAAGAGCCACCUAUUAUAUCUCAGGACAUGGAAGAAAAGUUACCAGGGAGACAGAUUAAAGAAAAAGUGGAUGGCAGUAGUGACAGUCAGAGGACAGAAUGUAUGGAUAUUAAACUGCUAGAACCUCCAGUUACAUUUCGGGAUAUUGCAGAAGAGGUUCCAGUGGCACAAUUGAAACAAGCAGUAGAGGACUGUAGUGAUAAUCAAAGGAAAGAAUGCAAAGCCGCUGAGGAAGCUGAUGAAGAUGGUAGUUCACAAGAGACUUGUUGUAGUGAAUCAAGCUUCCAAGAAAUUUAUUCCACAGUAAACCAGAAUGUUCAUAUAGUACUUGCAUCUGACAGUGAGAGUCACACACUGUCUGAAGGAACUGGAAAUUUGGGGGGAAUCAGCCAAGCCACCACAGUUGAUGUUGCUGAUCUUGAAGCAUUGACAUGUUCAGAAGCUGACAUAUUUGCCAGUCAAAGUUAUCAGGAUACUGAGGUUUCAGGACAGUCAUCAGACACAGUUGCUGAUUAUUGUGACUUUGUUAAAGGAUCUCAUAUUGGGAGCCAAAGUUUAAUUAAAUCAAGCACAGCAUUGUCAAUGGAUCAAUUGCAAGAUCGCAGCAGCAAUCUUGAAACAUCACUUGUGAAGUUGACAAGGAAACGUAAGCAUGACAAAUCAGACUUGUCCGACCCUUUGAACAAAUUACAACGUAUUGCUGAGGAGGACAAAGAGGGCGUUCAUGUAGGGCAAGUGAGCUACUUGAAGGAAGGGUCUUCACUUUGUGUUGGUGUUCUUCCUUCCUCACCUGCAGCUUCAACUAGUACUGAUGAUGUGGCAAAGCAUAAGUCCACUGUACCAGUGGUGUCCCCUACUAAAGUAACCCUGAAAGAGAAAGAAGUACAGAUUAGUCCAACAGCAAACAGACAACAUUCGAUAGUUCUGGCUUCACCCAAGGCAAGCCGUAAACUAAUUUUUGAGACAGAAGUAGAGAGACAAAAACCUGAGUUCGUUCUUGGUCGUACCAGUAGCAAAGAGAAUAUAAUCAAAACUGAAUCUAAGACUGAUAAGAAAGAGGAAGUACAUAGUAUAACUGCUGCUCCAUCUAUGCCAAGUACUAAUGAUUCGAGUCCUGAAAUUGAAAUACUAAACAGCAAGACAUCAAGGCAGAGUAUUGAAGUGGUAUUUGUAAGCUCACAUUCUCAUGAUUCAGCGAAAAUCAGUUCACACCGUGAAAUACAUUCAGGAAGGAAGAGAUCGUCAGGGGAUGCUUUGGAAGUGGUUGACAUUGAAGAUGAUGCAUGUAGAGGGAAGGGUGUUGACACUGAAGCAGAAUGUUCUGAUGAUGAAUUGUUCCUUCACCUCUCACCUUCACCAUCCCAAAAGUCUGUGGAUCUUGUAUCUAGGCCAAAUAAGCAUGGCAGUUCUCAUUCAGCAUCAGUGAGUGUUGAUCAUCUUAGCUAUUCAUCUUACAAAAGCAGCAAUGCAGCUUCCUUGAAUUCAGGUUCUGUAAGUGAAAAGGAAAUGUCAAAUGUCAAAAAACAGGAUAAGAAGCUUGUUUCAGGUGGUUCUAGUUCAGAAAGACCUUCUAUAUGUACAAUUCAGGAAGCAGUAAUAGAAGAAGAAUGUGAAAAGACUUCACACAUCCAGAGCAGCGGAAGUUCUGUGUAUUCAGAACACACAAAUGGCUCUUGCAGUGUGACACGGAAGAAGAUAGAUAUGCCAUUUUCUUUUACUAAAAAUGACAUUGUUUCUCCUGAGGGUUCACCUAGUGUUACAGAUUCUUUUACAACCUUCAGUAAAGUGAAAGAUGUAGCUCAGAUUUUGUCAGUAGUACCAAGUCAGCCUGUGGCUUCAGGUGGUAGUGAGAGUGAACUUAGAAUAUCUAAAAGAAAAAGGAAUAAUGGAAAGGAUGAUAUUCCAGUUGUUAGUAUAGUAGGAAGUGAUAGUGAAAGUGAUUGCUAUUCUACUCCAUCAGAAGAACAAAAGAAGGCAAGGACUGAGAAUGGUGAUGUGAUGAAUGGACUCGAGGACACUCCCAUAAUUUUAUCUCAGGAGCCCACAACUGUUCUUCAAAAGGGAAUCAUAGGUGUAUAUUCUACACCACAGACGGACCAGGCGAUCAUACCAGUCAAAGAGUCCAGUGCAAGCAGCAUUGAACAGGAUUCUACGCAUGGAAGUGAAACUGAAUGGGAAGUUAUCCUGAAAGUUAGAGUAAAGCACAUUAAGCAACAUGAUAAGGAUGUCUACAGGCUGCAACAGUGUGAAGAUAUUACAGAAGAUCUUACUCAUUUUACUACUAGAAGACUCUCUGAUUGUUCUUCCUUUGGUGGUUUGGGUGAUGUAUCUUCCAAGAACACUUCUCCUAGUAGUACAACAAGUGGUCCUGGUCCGUUUGCAUUACCACCAAGCAGGAUGUCAUCAUUUUCCACGACAUCCAGCAGUUCAGUGUCUUCAGGAAGCAGUUCUGUUAUACACAGAGCUAUGGGAUAUAAACAUGCUAUGGAUAGAGGUCCAUUUGUAAUGCCACAUAACCCUUGUCCGAAGAUAUCUAGGGACCGAUCAUUUCGAAGUGAAGACAUUCUUAGUGGAAUUUGGCCAAGCACUCACAGCUCUCUUGUAGAGGGUAUGGAAAUUUUGGAAAGAGUUAUUGUCAUCUCCCAUCCAGAGAGUUCUGAGAGAGUGCAGGGAGGAAGUACGAAAGCUGAUAGAAGUGACAAUGGAAGAAAAGUUGAUGUCCAAAAGCUAAGUGAUAUAUCUGUAUCAGAAGAUGGUCUGGUAGUUAUGGAAAGAACAGAUGCAGGAAGUACCAACCUUGCAAAUAGUAAUGCAAUAUCAGUUUCAGCAAAUGUCUUGAAGGAAACACCAAGAAGUACAGUAAAACAAUUAAAGGGGGGCCGAUCAAGAUCUUCAGUAAAGAAACGUUCCAUAUCACUUUCAUUUCCAAAAGAGAAGGAAAAGGAAACUGUAAAUCAGGAAAACGAUGUUAGUGAACUUACAUGGAGUGUUGAGAGGAAGAGCAAGAGAGGGCAACAGACUCCUGUACAGAACAAGACACCAGUUACGCCUUCUGUGCAGGAAGCAGUAACUCCUACUCCAAUGUCAGAAAUGAAGGGGAGUUCAGAUAAGGUCCUAAGGAAUCUUCCUGGAACUCUUGAAGCUUCAUCUGCAGUAUUAUAUGGCAGUCACCUGAGGCCUGGUGCCCCUGUGUUUGCAAGAUGGAUAGACAAAAAUUAUUAUUCUGGUGUGCUAAAAGAGCAAAAUAAGGAUGGACGUUGGAUGGUGGUGUUUGAUGAUGGAAAGGACAGGUUAUUAGUGGAAGACUUUAUUAUUGUGGUGGACAUAUUAUCCAAAGGACAGCUAGUGUAUGCCCUAGCUGAAGAUGAAGAUUAUAUGUCGGGGAUUAUUGUAAAUGUUCGAAAAAAGCAUACUGAUGUUAUGUAUUCUGUGGAAUUGGAUAACGGAGUUUUUGUUACUGUGUCUCGAUCAUCAUUGUUUAUGACUGAAGACCAAGCCAAGAUCCUGAGAGAGACUGUACUUACAGCAUCACCUAUGAUGAGCACUCAUCGUAUGGCAGAUGUCAGUUUAGAUAAUGUGCUAGAAGGAAAACGAAGCAGAUUUCGCGGCAGGGACGUAAAGAAUAAAUUUGAUUCUCCUGGUGUGUCUGGUGAGUCAAAGGCUACACCUAAGAAAAAGGCUUAUAGUCCUUCUUUAACAGAAAGUGACACAAGCUCUGCAAUUGAAGAUGUUGAUGGUGUGGAACGAGAGAGUUUGGGUCGUGAAAUCAAGUUCAGGAAGGUGAAGGGUCAGGGCAGGAUGGCUCCUAAGAAGAACUGGGAUAUUUUGAUGGGGCCCAUACCUCCUGAGGGCAGCAAGAUUUUUGCUGGAAAGUUUUUUCUUUUGACACGCAGUGAUGUGAAACAAAAGUAUUCAAGCAGGACUGAUUCAGAAGCAAGUCAGGGAACAGAUUAUGAUGAUGAUACAUCUACCAUUUCAUUCAGUAAAUCAUAUUUAACUGAUCAAAUAACAGCUGGAAGUGGAAAAUUGUGCAGUAGAUUUGAGGAUGUUCCAUCAAACAAGUAUGAUUCAUGCUAUCUAAUAACUGACAGGCCGAAUCAGACGGCAAAAUUUAUCCUGUGUCUUGCGUAUGGAAUUCAGAUUGUUUAUCACACGUGGGUCACUGAGUGCUGUAUGACAAACAUUUGUAAGCCAAUUACAAAUUAUCUUGUACCAACUGGCUGGUCGCUGGAAAAGCGGGAAUAUGUGACAAAAAAGAAGAAGCGGCCGCUGGCUUCUAUGAAAAUUGGAGUAGUCAGUAAAACAAAAUGUUUUUUAAAUUUUUGGGAACUUGUGCUAAAAGGAGCAGGUGCACAUGUAUUUGGUAUUACACCAGAAACAACCAUUGAAGACUUAAAACAACUGGAUGUGUUGGUCUCCAAUCACGCUUUUCCAGUUGAUAUUCAGGAGCAAGUAAAAGAACUGGGGAAACAUACUGUCUCUACUGCAUGGAUUAUACAGUGUCUUAUAAACGGGACCAGAUGUGCCUUCACCUGACGUCACUUUCAUACAAGGCUGGAUGUUUUGAUGCGGUGAUUGAAGUACACUUUUUAGUAUUGUCACACAAGACCAAGGGUUUUAAUGCAGUGAUUGGUCUAUACUUUUAGUACAAAAUGACAUGACAUGAAGUAGGGUGAACUAAACUUCCACAGUACAGUGAUCGACAGAUAGUUGAUGUGAACUUUCUUUUGUUACUUCUUAUUAAGUAAAACUUGUAUACACAAUUUGGUAAACUUACCUUGUAGAUCUGUUAGAGUAAUGUUUCAAAACAAACAAAAAUGUACGUUUUGUAUCCAUGCAGUUAAGUACUGUACCUUUUUUAAUAUUUUUAAUAUGUAUCUACAAAUUGUACUUUACAGUGAAAAUAAACCCUAUUCUUGAAAGUUAAUCUUA